AUGAACUUCAACUUAUUUAAUCAAAAAAAGGAUGAAGACCAAAAGCAGCAACAACAAAAUACCAAUCCAUUUGGAAAUUUGAAAAAUGGAAAUCAGCCACAGCAACAAUUCGGCUUCGUUAAUCAACAGAGUAACCCUUUUUUAAAUACGCAAUCGACAAAUAAUUUACCAUUUGGAGGUACACAAUUAACAAGCAAUUCGUCGUUUGGAAAUCAAUCACAACAACAAUCUCAAGCUUCUCAACCAUUUUCUUUUUCAUCAACGCAGCAGACUAAUUCACAAUUACAGCAGAAUAAUCCUUUUCUUAGCAAGCAAUCAACAACUCAACAGAAUUCAUUUGGUAGUAUGUUAACUGGAAGUCAAUCAACACCCUUGACAAGCCAGUUUGGAAAUCAAGUAAACCCUUUUACAAAUGUACAGCAAGGAAAUCAAGCAAAUCCGUUUACAAAUAUGCAAUCAUCGACUUCACAACCUUCUUUUUUUUCUUCUGCACAACCAGGAUCUUCGACAUCAGCAAAUAUUUUUGGUUCGACGCAGACCAAUGCGCCGUCUUUAUUUGGACAAACACAGCAAAAUUCGACACAAUUGCAGUCAAGUGGACCAACUUCACAAUUUACUGCAAAUUCUAAUCCAUUUGGUAGUUCACAGUCAAAUACAACAUCAAGCUUAUUUGGUUCCACGCAGCAAAAUUCUUCCAAUGUACCGCUACAAACAUCUAGUAGUAUAUUUGGUAAUACGCAAAAUAAUAACUUACAGAAUACGGCGCCUACAAAUCCAUUUAGCUUCAAUUCAGCACAAACACAACCAACUACAACAGGAUUUCCGCAAUCUACUACAACAGGAUGGCCACAAUCUAAUGCAACAGGAUGGCCACAAUCUAAUGCAACAGGAUCGUCACAGUCUAUCACGGGAGGAUUUCCACAAUCUACUACAACAGGAUUUCCGCAAUUAACAACUGGAGGAUUUCCGCAAUCUACGACUGGAGGAUUUCCACAAUCUACUACAACUGGAUCAUCACAGACCGCCACAGCUGGAUCAUCGCAAUUUGGUCAGCCAAGUGGGACACAAAGUUCAAGCGGGGUUGGAUUUAAUUCAUUUGGUACAUCACAAACAUCAAAUUUAUUCACUGGUACUUCUUCAAAGCCAUCGACUAACAUGUUCAAUCAGCCAAAUCCUUUUUCCGCUCAACAGAAUUCUACUCUUACUCAGCCCAAUACAACUGCCCAAACAUCUAGUAUACCAAGUACAGUAAAUCAAAAUGUUAAUAAUUUUACAAAUACUGUACAGCCUUCAAAUAAUCCUUUUACCAAUACAAAUCAAACAGCACCAACCUCUAUAUCAUCAAAUGCGACCAAUCCAUUUCUAAAUACUACUACCACAGCCCCAUUUAACACUGCAUCAGCAGUAAAUACAUUACCUCAGGAACCUGUUUCGAUUUUUCAACCUGUCUCUGGUGUACAAAAAGUAGGAGGAGAGAAAAUUACAAGUGUAACUAGCAAGGAACCGGUUGUUUCUAAUUUACCAUCAAAAGAAGAGCAAGCAGAGGUUGUUAAAGAAAACAAAGAAUCAACGAAUGUUAGUGAUGUUUCUGUUAAUAAAACAUCUAUCUUUGGAGAAAAUAGUAAGUUAACUAAUACACAAAAGAAUACUUCAUUUGUACAAAUGUCUAUUUAUGAAAUAAUACAAGAACAAACACGUAAAUUAGAAGAAAACAUUGCUGAUUUUAAUUCUAAAGCUAAAGAAAUAUACGAAGAAGAUGAAAAACUGUUAGAUAGUUUAAAUAACUACCAAGUACUCUAUGAUUUACUUGAAAAAGAAGAAAUUAGAUUGUCUGAGUUAGAAGAAAAUGUAGAUUUUUUCGAGAAUUUACUAGAUGACUAUUCUAAGAAAAUUGUGCAAAAUAAUGAUGAUGAUGAACUUAUUGUGUGCAUAAAAGAGUUUGAAAAAGUAUCUGAUGAAUUUUACAGAAACGUAGAAGAAAAUAAAGACAAGGAUGAUGAAAUUUUAGGAUUAGUGAAAGAAAAUUAUAAUUUAUGUGCUUUGGUUGAUAAGAAAUUGGAUUUAUACGAGAGACAUUUAUAA